AAGCUAUUUCGGCUUAAGCCAGGGGCUGUGUGGGGGGGGGGCAGCGGCAGAGGAUGGAGGUCCAGGUGAACACGCUGGCCGGCGAACUUUGCUGCCUCCAGGGCGACAAAGCCUGGCGCGCCCUGGAUGUGAAGACAGCCCUGCAGGUCCAAGCAAAAGUUCCCAUCGCGGAGCAGAGGCUGCUGCUGGGCUGCCGAGAGCUCCAGGACGAGGAUCUCCUCGCCUCGCUGGAGCUGGACGCGCAGCGCGGCCUCGCUCUCACCUUGGUCCGCCGCUCCGCGGCGCACGCGGAGCUGCUGCGCCUGGUGCGCAGCGGCACGCAGACCUUGAGCCGCAAGUGGCUUGCGCGUAUGCCGGAGCUGGUGCGCGGGGAUUGCGAGAUCGUCCGGGAGGUGUUAAAGCGGGAUGGGGUGGCGCUGCAGCACGCCACGGAGGAGCUCCGCAGUAGCCCCGCGAUGGUGCUGGAGGCGGUGCACCGCUCCGGUUUCGCCCUGGAGUUCGCAGCGGAGCACCUCAGGGAGGACCGCAGCUUCGUGCUGCAGGCGGUGCAGGCCAACGGCUUUGCACUGGCCCGAGCCUCUCCACGUCUCCGCGGAGAUCCGGAGGUGGUAAAGGCGGCUAUCCGGGAGGAAGGCGCAGCUUUCGAAUAUGCCGCCGACGAUUUGAAGGGCGACCCAGACUUCGCCCUUGAGGUCGUCUCCGCAGGUGGUCCAGGGGCUAUGGAGCACAUCGCUGCGGAUCUUUGGGAAGACCCCCACUUUGUGCUACGCGCCGUGCAGCGCUCGGCAGCUGCACUGGAGCAGGCGGUGGAGAUCAAGGCGGAGCCCACCUUCGUUCUGGAGGCUGUGACGUGGAGCCCUGCGGCGCUCGGCUACGCAGCAGCUGACGACCUGCUAGAGGAUAAGGGAUUCCUGCUGGCCGCGGUGGCCAGGCAUCCUGCCUGCCUGGCACAGGUGCCGCAGGAGCCCGGCUUCGUGCUGGAGGCGCUGAAAGUGAAUGGAGCCGCGCUUGGCUUCGUGAGCAAGUCCCUCCUCACGGAGAAGACCUUUGCCAUGCAGGCGUUGGCGGCAGCCGGCCGCGAGGCUUUGGGCAAGAUGGCGGAGGACUUCUGGCAAGAGCGGCAUUUCGCCCUCGCCGCCUUGCGCUGCGAUGAGGGCUCCAUUGGCCGAGUGCCAAAGAAAUUUUGGACAGACCGAGAGUUUGUGCUGGAAGCCUCCCGCUUCCAGCCGGCCGUCUUGAACAUGGUGGAGCCAGAGUGGUUGAAGGAGCAGAAGUUUAUCUUGAAGGCCCUGCAGAGGAAUGCCUGCUGCAUUCGCUUCGUCUCUGAGGACUUGUUCCAAAAUCGGAGCUUCCUCUUGCAGGCCAUGGAGGCGAAUGGCUCGGUGCUGAAGCAUUUGCCGGAGGUGGUCCGGGGAGAUGGCAGCCUGGUCUUGGCGGCCGUUCCGCAGAGCGGCUUUAUCCUGGGAUUCGCUGCAGACGAGCUGCGCUUCAGUAAGGACUUCAUCUUGCAAGCCGUCAAAGUGAACGGCUACUCGCUGUUGGGCACUCCCGAUCCGCUGAGAGCAGACCGUGACAUCGUGCUGGCAGCUGUCAAGCAGAACGGGCUUUGUCUUGAGUAUGCAGCGCCGGAGCUGAGGGCAGACACGACCAUCGCACUGGCAGCCAUCGCAACAGACCCUCAGCCGCUGAUGCACGUAGCUGAACCUCUUUGGUCUGACCAAGACUUCGUGCGUCAGGCAAUCCGCAUACACGGCUGUGCCAUGCGUCACGCGGAGGAUGAGCAGCUAAGAAGGAAUCGUGGCUUCAUGCUUUCCUCCUGCGAACUGAACCCGGAAACCAUUUGCUAUGCUCACUCUGACCUGCAAAGCGAGCGGGGCUUCCUCAUCGAAUGCUUGGCCAUCAAUCCAAAUGCUUUGCACUUCGUGCCUGCCGCUAUGCGCAUCGACGUGGCCUUUGCGGCCGCGGCAAAGGCACACGUGACGCCGGAAGAAGGGGCACGGCUGCCAUCCCCGUCAUGGUGAGG